AUGGCUUCUCACGACCACUCUAGCAUGUCGGGCAUGUCAGGCAUGUCGGGCAUGGGCGAUUCGUCCUCCAACGCCUGCUCGAUGAGCAUGCUCGGCAAUUGGCAAACCAUCAACACCUGCGUGCUAACCUCCUCAUGGCAUAUCAGGACCGAAGCACAGUUUGCUGGUACUUGCAUUGGCGUGUUCCUCAUGGUCUUCUUGAUCGAGACAGUGCGACGAUGGAGCCGCGAGUUUGACCGAUGGAUCCUCGAGCGAGCCAUGCUGCAGCGAAGGGAGACUAGGCGCCGCACUCAGCACCUCAAGGCCGAGAUGGCCUCGCGUCUGGGCGAGUCGGAACCAUCGCAAGACCGUUUGACGCUAAGCCAGAGGCUCGAGCACCUUGAUAGCAUCUUCUUUGGCAUCCCUGCCAGCAAGACCGGUUGCCGCCAGGCCGCGCUCGAAUCGAUGCGCUUCCGACCCAAGAUGUGGCAGCAGCUCAUCCGCUCGCUCCUGUAUGGUGUACAGUUCACCGGCGCUUACUUGGUCAUGUUGAUCGCCAUGACCUUCAACGGCUACAUCAUCAUCGCCAUCGUGCUGGGCGGCAUCUUUGGCCACUUCUUCUCCACCUGGGAUACGCUCGGAUCUUCACACCUGGUCGACGUCGACCAGAUGAGUCACGACUACUCUGCCGAGACCGGUGUCAGCGCGGGCCCGACCAAUGUUGCCUCUUCGUGCUGCCGACCGGGCGCCAACAAGGAUUCUGCCAGCGUGUCGAGUACCUCGGACGAGGACAGCCAUCUCAAACGUCAUGUGGUGACGCUUCCGGACCACGGCUACGGAUCAGGAGCCUGCUGUGUAUAG